AUGGCUAUCGAUAAUGGGCAACAACAACAUGAAAAGCAGCACCUUAUCGUGUCCAUGAAGGAUCAACAUGAUGAUCAUUCACCACCACCACCACCAACAUCCACCACAACAACAUACAACGCCAUUCCUCCUCCUUCAGCAACCCCACCCAAUAAUGAUGACGACGAGCUCAAGACCAAUAUUCCUCUCCCACUUAUGGCUUUAUGUCUUUGUACUGGAAGCUUUCUAGCAAUGUUGGACUUGUCGAUUUGUUUGACAAUUUUACCCGAGAUUGGCACUGAAUUCAAGCAAUUCAACAUUGCUACAUGGGUCCAUAACGCCUUUUCCUUGUGCUCAUUGACAGCAUCACCCAUAACUUCCAGAUUAUCCGAUAUCUUUGGUCGCAAGCCUAUCUUGGUCGCCAUCACCACGUUGUUCUUGGUGGGAUCUGCCGGGUGUGGAUUCUCACAAAGUUUGGAGCAAUUGAUCUUUUUUCGUGCUCUUUCAGGCUUUGGUGGAGGUGGUUUGAUGCUUUUUGCAAAUCUAGUCACCCACGAUACUGUACCAGCAAACAUCCGACAUCGCUAUCAAUCAUACAGCGGCAUGGUUAGCUCUCUUGGUAUAGCAUUUGGAUCACCUGUGGGCGGCUUCAUUACUGAUUUUAUCGGUUGGCGUUACUGCUUUAAGAUCAACAUCAUCCCAUUCCUCUUGAUCUUGUAUGUGUACUUGGUCCACAUGAAGAACUACAAGGUGCCCUCUAUGAAUCGUAUCCCAAAUGGUACCUUGAUGCAGCGUCUCAAGUAUAUUGAUUUUGGUGGAUCCAUCCUUUGUUGCAUGGGAAACACAUCCGUGUGUGCCUUUUUGAUUCUCGGUGGCAAUACGCAUGAUUGGAAUGACCCAAUUGUUCUUUCCUUGAUGGCACUAGCAAUCAUGUCGUUUUUAUCCCUAGCUGUUUAUGAGUGUUACGUCCCACGUAAUCCUUUGGUACCACCUCAUCUCCUCGGCAAUCGUACUGUGGUACUUGGUUGUAUUGGCUUGUGGCUAUUGUGUUCAGUGUCGGGCGGAACAAGUGUUUCCAUGCCUCAAUACUACAUUGGCGUACUCGGGUUUACUACAAGCAAGACAGGCUUAUGUAUCAUGGUGUUCACAUUCGGAAGUGCUUGUGGAUCCUAUUUUGCGGGACGGGGAUUUAUACAACGAUAUACAAAGGGUGAAUUUCAAAAGAUCGCUGUUGCCUUUACAUCCAUCGUUGUUGUUGGCGUCACCAUCAUGUACUUUUGGAUGCUGAAACAAAUCCCCUUCAUGGUUGGCCUGGUAUUAUGGGGUCUAGUGGGCAUCUCGCAAGGCUUUUUCUUUGUAAAUAUGAACUUGACGAUCCCAAACUCAGUUGCCAAAUCCGAUUUGGCAUCCACCUUUUCGUUAAUACAAAUGUCACGCCAAAUGGGCUACAUGGGAGGUGUUGCUGCUGCAUCUUCAGUGACUCAAGCAAGCCUCAAGAUCUUGUUACAUAAGCGUUUCAAAGGCCCUGAUGCUGAAGAUCUUAUUCACUUUAUUCGGACUUCCUUACGGGAUGUGCGUUCAUUAUCGCCACAAAUACAAGCCAUUGUUGCCGAGGUACUCGGUAUUUCAUUGUCGAGGGCGUAUAUUCUCCUUAUAGGAUUCGCCAUCUUAUCAUUGGUGGCGUUCUCCCGCAUGAAAAACGUGGAUGCAAAGUUGAUUACUAACAUGGGGCGUACCUGA